AUGACCACACAGAUGAACGGCGACGCUGAGCCUCCCUCCCCGGAGACGCCCAAACGCGACUUCGAGUCUUCAGCCCUGUAUCUAGGCGUUUACGACUUUGUCAAGGACUACAUGUCCCGCUAUGACUGCUCGCACGACUUCAACCAUAUCCUCCGCGUUCUGGCACUGGCAAAACACAUUCUAGCCCAGGAGACCCUAGCCAACCCAGAGAAGAAACUACAGAAGCAGGCCGUGCUCCUCGCAGCUCUCCUACACGACGUCGGCGACAAGAAGUACGUCCAAUCAGGCGACAAUCCGGAGCAUGCCGUGGAAGAGGUGCUACAGAAGCAUGGAUGUCCGCCGCGCUUCGUCGCGAAAGUGGCGUUGAUCGUGCAGCAUGUAUCUUACUCUAAUGAGAUCAAGCGACCACAUCUCGUGAAGGCUAUCCUUGGUGCUCAUCCUGAACUGGCCAUUGUACAGGAUGCGGAUCGUCUUGACGCCAUUGGGGCAGUAGGCAUUGCGCGAACAUUCGCCUAUGGCGCCGCGAAAGCAUCGGACAGAGGUUUGCAGGGUUGCAUUGAGCACUUCACGGACAAGCUGGAGAACAUUGAAGCUCUGAUGAAGACGGAGACUGGGAAAGCGCUGGCGCGAGAACGCAUGCAGCGGCUCAAGGAUUUUCGCCAGUGGUGGGAAGAGGAGAACGAAUUGGUGUCUUGA